GAAGAAGAAGAAAGAUAUUCCAAGGCAGAAACACAGGAAAGGCAAGAAAGGCAAGAAGAAUAAAAUUUAGGGAAUACAUAAGCGCAAUCGAUUGAUGUUAUGAACGAAACGGACCCAUAACAGAGUUCAUUUAACACCGAUCCGUGGGAAUUGGUUUUCCACGGACUCCCUGGGAAAAAAAUAACACAAUGACAAGACCCCAGAUGAUUCGGGCUGACACCAUCGAUCUUCAAAGUCAAGAGUCUCCUUCUGCAAAAAAACACAAUACCCCUUCACCUUCGAAAACUGCGUCGAACGCGAACGGGUCACUCGCGCCGCAUCAGGCUGAGACCUUACGCGAAGUCGAAGAAGACAGGGCUGGAGAAGAAGGUCGAAGCCCUAGAGCAUCGUGGCCCGAUGGUGACGACCGUACCGACUUACAACAGUACGCCGCAGAUCUCGCGAACGGUAUUGCGAAUUCCUUGAAUGGCAACAAGAUGCAAUCCGAGGAUGCGCUCGCUGUCGCGCAAAAUGGAGGAGUCACAAGCACCAACUCCGACGAUGGAGAUUUGGAUGCUAAUACCGACGACGAUAUGGAUGAUGACAUGAUGGAUAAGAUCUCGAGUUCUCCUUCGAUUGAAGAUGGUGGGUGCUCCUUCCAGUCGCCUGUCUGGCCACAGCGCGUCGAUUCCUUGAUACCUAUAAUUCUACCUCGUCAUUCCUUCUCUUCUCCGAUACUCAGUGAGACGGGGCUAUACACAACCCCACAACAUUCCGACCAUCAGACAAGCAAGGCUUCUGCUGAUGCGUCAAAUUGUCGUCAUCAUCUUCUUAGUGAGUAUACCGAAGUGGCCGACCGCGCAAACCAUGGCGAGAAUCUGAACGACCUGUCGCUACCCGAACCUGCUGCGGGACCUGAAUUAGAAACGAAACAACGCCAGAUCUCGCCCUACGACUUUUUAUUCCCCUAUGUCAUCUAUGAUGAUUCAAUAGUAGAUGACGAUGACGAUGACGAGACUCUCUUUACUACCGAUCCCGCAUUCAUUGAUAUUGGUUGGGGUAGCGAAUACUUACAAGACUUAGAGGACAUCGAUUUCGAAUUCGUCUACGCCCUUCACACUUUCGUCGCUACCGUCGAAGGUCAAGCUAAUGCCACCAAGGGUGAUACCAUGGUGUUGCUUGAUGAUAGUAAUAGUUACUGGUGGCUCGUCAGAGUGGUAAAAGAUAGCAGCAUAGGAUAUUUACCAGCAGAGCACAUCGAGACACCUACCGAAAGGCUAGCGCGUCUUAACAAGCACCGUAAUAUUGACCUAUCAGCGACGAUGCUCGGCGACCAAGCGGAGAAGACCAAGAACCCCCUUAAGACGGCGAUGAAGAGGAGAAAAGCCAAAACCGUUGCAUUUGCACCCCCGACUUUUGUUGAUUACUCUGACAUAGAUUACUCGACUGAGGAGGAGGAUGGUGAUGGCGAAAAGAAACCCCAACAAGAUUCGCAAAAGACACAGCAGCAAGAAAAACAAGCGUCCUCCCAGCAAGCUACAGACGAGACGUCAGACGAUGAUGAAUCUGCGAAGGUGGAACCCCUUAAAACCCGAAAUCCGCAGAAACAGGUCAAGGUAGAACCCCUAAAGAUCGAGGAACGAGGUAGAUCAAGUUCGGUUACUUCGGGCGAAGUUCGCAGGGAUAGCAAUGAUAUUUUCGAUGCAAAGACAGAACGGGUCACGAGGAAUGGUACUGUCAGGAACACGGACUCCUUCUUUAAGGACGAGACAAUAGAGACUAAGAAGAUCUCAUUGACUCCUGGUCUACUUCGAGACGAUAACGAAGCGCGAGUCUCGAGUGACUCAAAAGACUCGUCGCUGCGGCAACGACCGAGCUUAGAAAAGGAUCUUGUUCCUGAUAAACAGAAGGACGAAAAGAAGAAAAAGGAAAAGAAGCCAAGCGCGAUUCGGAGUUUCUUCUCUCGGAAAGAUAGGAAAAAGUCCGUUGAUGAAGACGAUGACUCGCUUGGUAAGAGGUCUCUGGAUGCCUCCACUGAGACGAUAGAGAAGGAGGCGGAGGACGUGCAUGUGGCUGAUACAGAUUCUUCGCCUGAAAAAUCGGUAGCGCCACUGCGCAAUCCAAGCAAGCUUCAGAAGAAUCAAUCCAAGAACGAUCCUUCACCAACACGCAAGUCUUCUGUAACAUCACAAAUAGGCCCAGACCGUGGCCCCGCACCUGCUCCGGAGGCCAGGAUCAAUAAUAUGUCAACCUUACCGCCAACGACACUGAGGAUGGUGGAAUCUGAACAAGCCGAAAGCCAGGAUCGACCAUCACAAAAGAGGGAGAGGUCCAACUCAAAAUCUAUUCUUUCGAAGGAAAGUAAGCCGCCAAAGGUUACUAAGGCAAAGGCGCGAGUUGAACUUGAUGACUUCGAUUCACCCGACGAGGAGGAGGCUCAACCAGAGCCGACCAGAGCUCCUCCUGAACCGAAACGGCAACCGUCCGAAGAAAAGCAGAUACAGCCCGUUCUACCAGGAGCGUUUCCUGAUAGCUAUAGUGCCCAGACGUCUAUGUCUGAGCUCAACGACCAAACUUCAAAGACCCAACGUCCUGCUGCCGAGGAACGUUUAUCCGAAUCUCCUGUUGAAGUCUCACCGGUCGUAUCCUCCUCUAACCCUCCUGCUCUCAUGGUUGAUACAUCAAGUCAAGAAGACCGCUCCUCCCCUGUUUCGUCGCCAUCUCCAGAACUUGUGGAUAUCGAUGACCGAACCCACGGGAAGCAAGAUUCUGUGACAACAUCGACGUCAGCUACAACCACGUCAACUUGGAAUGACGCUAAUCUCCGAGCCUUCUUCGACUCGGGCUCCGAUAUCCGAGACUUGUUAGUAAUAGUAUACGACAAGAAUGAUGUCGCACCCGCUGGUCCCGACCACCCUGUAGUAGGCACGCUGUUCCGGGAGCAGAACGCAAGGUUGGCCGAAAUUACGACACAACUGGAUAACAUGCUUGGGGACUGGCUGGCUCGCAAGCAACGACUCCGAGGCACGGUAUAGGCACCAUAGU